AAAGGAAGCAGUCCUUCGAGCCGAGCCAGGGCGGCAAAAAGCCACCUGCCAUCACCGCCACAAUUCCGUCGGCCACAGAAUUUUCCAAUUGCGUCGUGGCGUUUUCAAUUCUUGUUUAUUGUUGAAAAUGAUUGAGAGAGAGAGAGGCCGAUUCGCGUUUUCUUUCUGAAGCAUCGAGUCAGUUUUGGGGAUCUCUCUGUAUCUGCGAUUCGUUGUGGAUAUGGCGCAGAUUGGUCAAGCCGAGGUCUGUGUGCCGAGGUCUCUGCAAGUAUGGCAAGCUUUGAUCGAUUGGCUCUCUUUCUUUGUUCAUAUAAUUGCUCAGAUCGUGCGUGGUGCUCCUUCUUGGGCUCAGAUUUUGUCCUAUGUCGGUGUUAGAUUGCCGCUUCUUGCCUCAUCUUCUCCCUCUUUUAAGCCCUUGCCGAUUGCUGAGCUUUCUCUCCAUCAGCUUUCAGCUAAGAAACUUAGCCCUCUCACUGAUGUGGAUGACGGUGGAAGUCGAGAUCGCCCGCUGGAAAAGAUCACGGUUGUUCUUGAUUUGGACGAAACCUUGGUUUGUGCAUAUGAAACAUCCAGUUUGCCAGCCGUUUUUCGCACUCAGGCAACAGAAGCUGGCUUGAAUUGGUUUCAGCUAGAAUGUGUGUCCUCGGACAAGGAAUAUGAAGGAAAGCCAAAGAUCAGUCAUGUGACUGUAUUUGAACGUCCUGGAUUGCACGAGUUCUUGAGUCAGGCUGCUGAAUUUGCUGAACUCAUUUUAUUCACCGCUGGUCUUGAAGGAUAUGCUAGACCACUGGUCGACCGAAUCGAUUCAGAGGGAAGAUUUAGCCUUCGACUUUAUCGACCAUCCACCGUUAGCACAGAAUACAGAGAACACGUAAAAGAUCUAUCGUGUUUACGAAGAGAUCUCUCUCGAGUUGUUAUAAUCGAUAACAACCCGUUUAGUUUCUUACUGCAACCAUUGAAUGGAAUCCCAUGCCUCCCAUUCUCUCCUGCACAGCCUUCUGAUAAUCAGCUUUUAGACGUCCUCCUCCCGCUCCUCAAACACCUCGCCCUGGAAAAAGACGUCCGACCCAUUCUAUACGAAAAAUUUCACAUGCCUGAAUGGUUUCACAUCCAUGGAAUUCCUUAGCAUGAGAAAAUUACAAUUCAGAUAAUAUCCAAGCGUGCUGAGUGAAGAGCAUGCUAUGAAAUCAGUCUCCACAUUCUUUCCAUUUAGAGCUUAGGUGAUGGAGUAAGAAGAAAUUCAUGAGAUAUGUCCACAAUGUAUGUUGUUUCCACCUUAGGUUAAUGUAUUCUAUUGUUUCAUCAAGACUGCAAACCAUCAAAAGAGUUGUACUCUUAAAUUUAAAUUCUUUUAUAUCAUUACCCCUUAGAACAGUCUUUCAAGAGGAAAUCCAACGUUUUUGUAGAA